AUGGCCCUGCUCGAAGACCAGUUAACGGAGGAGGUGACACUGUUGUCCACCAAGUUGGUGGAGGCGGUGCAGAAACAGCUGGAAAUGGCCGACACCAUGCACAACUUGCAACGCGAGCUCGACCAGCUCCGCCUGGCGACGGCGCCCCUCCGCAAGCUGGACGAAAACUACCGCAAGUUGCUUCCCAAAUAUAACCGGGCUCUCGACGACGUCAGGGUGACGCGAGAAGCUAAGGCGGUGGCGGAAAAGGAGAACGCUAAGCUUAAGGCGGAAGUGGAAGACUUGACGGCGUCUUUGUUCAAUGAGGCCAACGAAAUGGUACUGAACGCGCUGAGAGAGGCGUAUAACUUUAAGGUGAAAAACCGCAAGUUGAUCGAAGAGCUUGAGGAGAAAGAUACCAUCAUCUUGUCGCUUCAGGAGAACUUAAAGGAAGUGAAACUGAUGCUUUAUAAGUUAGAAGACGAAAAGAAGCGCACCAGUCUUACUAGGGCCAACUCCCUUCAGCGGAUGGGGCUGGUACGACUGGUAAGAAGCGUGCUGGGAGAGUUUGUGCUGCCGGAACAACUAGCGUUGGACGAAGAGUUUUCUGACGACCACUCGGCGCUUAGCGAGCUUUUGUUUCUGCCGCUGGUACGGGCGGUCAGAGUCGAUUUGAACAACUACAACCACGAGUUCAAGGGGUUUGUCUAUACCAUUAUCCGCCCCGACUUCGCCUACGAGUUGUCCAACCUUAAGACCCUCCGCUUCUUCAAGAAGAUCUGGAACGAAGAAUUGGAAACGGCAAUCUCGCUGGUGCCUCAACAAACCCUGAUCAUCAAGAACUGGACGAGAACGAAGAACUUCUGGAGUACGGUGUGCGAUGGUCGCGCCAAGAUCGAACCAGUUAAGGGGAUCAACGAAAACUUCAAGUUGAGCUACCGCGGUAACACUCCCACCGCCGACUUGGCGCCGGUGGCCAUCAAGGACGCCUGUCUGUUCUGUGGCGAGCGCCGCGACGACAUGUUGGAACACGCCCGUCUUUACUACUUCAAGUUGUUAGGGGAAAGCGACGACGAUGUCGUCACCUCCUACCCCAUUUGCAACUACUGUACCUAUAAACUCCGCAACAUCUGCGACUUCUUUGCCAAGUUGCGCUUCAUCCGGUCCAACCUCAAGUUGGCACCUAACGCUGCCUUUGACGAGUUCGCUUUCGUCAACGCCGCCGCCAACUUCAACUUCAACCGCAACAAACUGGGCGACACCCUCGACCAGCUCACCUCCAACUCCAACUCCAAGGUGUUGGUGAACCUGAACCUGAAACGGAUACAUUUAGACCCCCACGAAGAAGCCAAGUUGCUUAAGAUGUACUUGGUGUUGUUAUACGUGCGCAACAAGAUCUUCUGGCUGAAGGUCGGGGUGUGGGACAUCCCCGAAGAACUCACCGAGUCCAAUAUCGAAGGCAUCCCCUUGGAAGAGUUUGAACGGUUCGCUCAGUUCCCUCAGGACUGGGUCCCCGCUGAUGGUAACGAGCCCUCCAGCAACCGUCUGAGCCAGCUGUUUCGCCGGCCGCUGGAGAUUAACCGCUCGCUGUCAGCCAUUGCCACUGAAGCUACUGCUGACCAUAUCACCCCUAAUGCUACUGGCAGCAUCCCUACUGCCUCAGAGGAAUCGUUGACGAUGAAGAAGACCCCUCAACUCGCCGGAGUGGAAGAGGAACCCGAUGCCGGGUUCAUCACUGCCAAACUGUUAGGCGAUUUUAAGGAGAAGAAGACUCAGGGAAAGCAACCUACUGAAGCCGCUGUCGAACCGGCGGCACCUGUGACUGAGCACAGACUGCUCGAUCCUGCGGCGGAAGUUAUCGCCGAUAAGAAGACGAAGAAACUGAAGAAGAAGCUGCCGGAAAAAGAGGAACAACCUUUACAGACGAAGCAACCUGCCAAGGAGGAAAUUCCAGUGCAGGCGAAGCAGCCCACAACGACGGCCGAUAAGACUACUCGUCCUAAAUCACCUGAAAUCCGCAUCCAGCCGCCACAAGCGGUUGACGCUGUCGUCAGUCCCAAGACCGUUGUCGAACCUAAGCAUGUCUCCCCCAUCAAACCUCCUACUAAGCAACCCGAGGCCAAGCCUGAGGCCAAGCCUGAGGCCAAGCCGGAAGCCAAGCCUCAAGCCAAGCCUCAAGCCAAGCCUCAAGCCAAGCCCGAUGCUAAGCCUGAACCUAAGCCUGAGGUCAAUUCUGAGACUGAGAAGACCCCUUCCAAGCCCGAAGUGAAGACCAAUGCGACUCCAGACGCUAAGCCCGUUGCCAAACAAGCCGCCAAGCCUACUCCUAAACCCGUUGCAGCUUCCCAACCUGAACCUUCUAAGCUUGAUCAUGACGACAAUGAUGAAUUUCACUCGCUUGACGAAGAAGAACCCGUACCUCCUUUGAACGCAAAAUCGACAAAAGAAGCAGAGGUUGCAACCGUAGGGCUGCUGGAUAUUGAUCAGUUCGAGAUGAUGCCUCCUAAGAAGAAGACCAAUGGUCAGCCCCCACAAAAGCAGCUGCUGAAAGCGGAGUCUGAUGCGAGCGAAUUAGAGCAAAAGCUUUUAAAGCGUCGCGAGAGGGCACUGCGGAUCGUGCUGGAGUCAGCAUCGCCGCCGGCGCCGGCAGCCCCGAAAACCGUCAAGGUCAACUUGGGGACGAAGCUGAAGGUGUCGGACCUCAUCAAAAAGGUGGAGCUGACGGAGCUGGGCCCGCUGCGCCGCCAGCAAAGACAACGGAACAAGCACGUGAAGGACGAGUCGGAGUCGGAGGCGAGCCCGGCGCCCUCCGACCAGUCCGAGGACCUCAAACGCAGCACCACCAAGAAGUUCACCAAGAAGAUGAACGACGACUUGGACGAAACCCUCGAGAUGUUGAAGGAUAGCAUUUAG